UCUGCCUGACGCCAAAAACGUAAACAGCAGCAAAGAAUGAAUAACAAAUGGAGUCCGCGAGUUGCCGUAUCGUUUGUAUUUUGUUUAGUGAUAUGUUUAGCAGGAAUUAAUCUUGAAUAGCGCUCUACGCUUGAAGGAAAGCGGCGCGAACAGUGCGGUUUCGAAAUAGUAUCCAUAAAACGGCGCCGUCGCUCUGGAAAUAAUGUGCGCGUGGUGACCCAAAGAGAAUGAGCUGCAGUAGGCCAAAAAAGCAAGCCCGCCUGAGUACAGAUCUACCACAUCUAUGUGCUGCUGAAGUUCCUAAAGGAGGCACAUCGAAGGACUGCAAGAGGCGGUUCCGAGAUGCCUGGAAGGAGGCCCACACCUGGUUGCGCUAUGAAGAGGUUAAGGACACCAUGUACUGCCAAGUCUGCAGGGAAGCAUAUUUUGGACAGGAAAAAUGCGUCCCAUUCGUCGAAGGCACAACAAACUUCAAACUCUCAGUCAUACAGAAACACGAGAAGACAUCCGCCCACCAGAGGCUACUCAACAAGAGCGAAUCCGAACGACAAGACGUCGCGCAGUCGACAAAGACGAAGAAAAAGGAAACCGAGAGAGAAUCUCGGUCUCGGCUCGCCCUUCUCUUCAAGACCGUCUACCAGAUCCAGGUCUCCAAACUGUCUUUCUCGCAGUUUCCGGUGCUGAUAAGCCAGCAGAUACAGAACGGGGUUCCCCUCAAGGGACGGUACACGAACCACCACCACGUGGUGCCAGGAUUUUCAAAGUACAUCGCCAUGUCCAUGAUCAACGACAUCAUCGCCGACGUCCACCAGGUGGAACACUUCGGAAUCGUGCUCGACGACGUGUCAGAGGUGACCGGAGCGAAGCAGGACGCCGUUUACAUAACCUAUCUCAAGGACUGCCGCAAGAUAACGAAGCACCUCGGCCUCAUCAGCAACACGAGCGGCGUCGGAAUCGUCGUGUCCCUUGUAGAGAUGCUCGCAAAGUACGGGCUGCCGUUCCCGUUCGAAAAAUUGCUCUCGCUCACAACGGACGGACGGGACGUUCACCAGGCCACGAAUGAAGGACUCGAAUCCGCGCUCCAGAGUGAAGCUCCCGUGCUGUUUUCCCUGCACUGUUUGGCUCACAAGCUCGAAAGUCUGGUCAGACUAGCUCUCCGCGAACAUCGAGAGGUGCAGCAGUGCUGCAACUUGUUGCACAGACUGUUUUCGUUUCUCAGAGAGCUGCGGAAGAAAACCGCUCAAUGCGACGACAUAUCGGUCCUGCUGACCAUCGUCGACAUAGACGAGAUCGCGUAUCUUCCGAACCUCAAGUGGUUUGCGCUGAACACGAACGUCCUCUGCACUGUCGUGGAGAAGUGGUCCACCAUAGUAGUCUUCCUCGUCGAGACGUUCGAGAGCAUAGACCGCAAGCUGCGGCUCGAGGCUUCGGAGAUCAUCGCGGCGUUGAAGAGCUCCACGUUCCUGGCGUACCUACACCUCCUCAAGGACGUCUUCUGCCGACUGCAGGAGCUGCAGAGCCGGAUAUCCAACUCAAACGCUUUGCCCUCCUACCUUGUAUGCGGCGAACUUACAAGUGCAAGCUCUACGCUACUAGAUCAGGUCUUACUUGGACCGCAUCUCAUACACGUUAUGCAAGAACUCCAGGAGAAGAGUGGCUUCUUCCAGGGAAUUUCGGUGAGCACGGACUUUGACAUUGAGUCGUUCCAGUCAGACGCAGAAGAACUCUGUCACAAGAUAUCCUACCACCUUAGCCUCCUGGGAAGCGAAACUUCAACCACGUCAAAGUUUGCGUUCCUGGACCCGCAGAACUGGCCCGUAGACUCCAGGAGCCUCUUGGCAGUCUACGGCAUUCAGUCCGUCAGGGACCUGAGCCUCGAGAUGGACAGCGUCCUUCACCAGAAGUAUUCAACUGAUGCUGUCCAAGAAUGGUGUUCUUUCAAGAGUUUCGUGAUCAACUCUCUCGCGCCCUCGCUCCGACGGGACUUUGUCAAGUUCUCGGCCGCGGUGGUCUCUCGGUUCUCCAGGUUGUAUCCGUCCAUAUGCACAAUGCUGACCGCUGCAGCGCUGCUGUCGCCGUCCUGCGAGGUUGCCAGGCGGGGGUUUGACGAACUCUGCCAGAUCAAGGCCUCGCGGAAGAACAUGCUCACCGACGACACGCUGUGGCAGACCAUGGUGAUAAACAUCAACGGCGUCCCCCUCGAAGACUGGGAUCCCGACCCAGUGGUGGACUUCUGGUUGAAGACCAGUCUGAGGAGGCCAAAUCACAGGACCAAAGAAGCUGGGGAGAACAGAAGCUGCGUGCAGGGCCAGCAGCCACCUCUGCUGGACUCCUCUGGCCUCGGCUUUAGUGUUGUGGAUGGGAACGAACCUGGAACUGUAAUCUUCUGGUCAUAACGGCAAGCUCUAUGCAGACAUUAUUCUCUGUGACCAAUAUGGUGCAGGACUGUAGAUACGAUACUCAAAUAUAUGUGAUUGUCCAUAUUCUGCAA